AUGACAGGCAGGCUGGGCGCUGCCAUCCCGAACCCUCCCAGGGACGAUCCGCCAGCCCAGGCCAGCGCCGGAGCUGCAGCGCCACCUGUAGGCCAAGGAGUUUUUUCCUGGGAGGCUGGAACUGCAGGUGCAGUGACGUCACCGGCGCGCAGGCGCACUGAUUGGAAACCGCGGGCUUUCCUCCUGGGAGGUUGUGGCCGAGGUAGUAGCUCGCUACUGACGGCCUGCUGGGGUGGAGAAAAGCGGGGAGGGACUAAGGGGUCUCUGAAGCCUGCAGUCUCCUCCAUGAGGAAGACUGCCCGCGUCGGGAGCCAGGAGGACCAGCGCUGGUGGAAAAACAGCGCUAUUGAAAGCGAGCACCAUGAGGGCACCUUAGACCAGCCCCAGCACGACGUCCGCCUGGAAGAUCUCUGUGAGCUCCACAGAGCUGCCCAGUCCGGCGACGUCCCUGGGGUGGAGCGCUUCCUGGCUCCUGGAGACACUGGCGUGGACAAGAGGGAUAGGAAGAAGAGGCCUGCAGAUAAAACAUCUAAUGAAAAGAACAAGGUCAAAAACCGAGUACAUCCUGAGGGUGACUUUGCUGACUCAGUGGGGCCAUCUGAAAAGGCUCACUCUACUUAUGAGAAUUUUAUGUUGCUGAUUGAACAACUUGGAAUGGAGCGUAAAGAUUCUGUUAGCCUAUCAAGAAGCCAAGACACAUUUUAUUUAUCUGAACGCUUACUGGAACUUAAGAGUAAUGACUAUGAACAACUUACAGUAAAAAUUAAACAAACGAACAAUAUGGUCAGUGUACUACAAAAGGUGCUGUCUGAAACAAAAAAGACAGCAUUACAGUUAGAGCUUCAAAAAAGUGAAUGCGAGAAACAGCUGUAUGGUUUGAGGUAUGAUAUUCUAGUUCUAAAGAAAUAUUUAUACUAAAGAUAAUAUAUCAGAAUUUUUGUAAUUGCUGACUUACAUCCUGGGA